AGUUCCACCUCCAAUGCCUUUAUGCCACAUUGUCCUGACUGUCAGGGAAACCAAUUGGCUACCUUCCCCUUCCUGUGGAAGGGGAUUACAUCAGAGAGGUGUACAGGAGAGAGGUGUUGUAGGAGAGCCAGACAUAAUGGCUCAUACCUGUUACUUCAGCAUUCAGAGGCUGGGGCAGGAAGACUGCAUUGAGCUCAAGGUCAGCCUAGGAUACACAAUGAGAUCCAGCCCAGUCUAACCUACAGCGCAAGACCCAGUCUCAAUGAAACAAAGCAAAAUACAGACCCUGUGUUUUGGAAUUUGGAGGAGGAAGCCUAGAAGGUUGGCCUUCAAGGACAGCAUAAGGAAACCCUGCCAGACUGCAGAACCACCCUGAGCAAGAGCAUGUGGGUGUGAGGAAACAUAGAGUGUUUAGGGAUAUGCAAACAGCAGAUGUGACUAGAGGAGAUGCUGCACUGAGUGGGUUGAUGCAUGCCCUUCCCAAGCCAGAUCCUGAUUCAGACUCUGCUGUGACCAUAGCCUCUCAGGCUUCAGUCCCGAAAUCUGUAAUUUAGGACCCCACCAGCAAUUUCCUUCUGUGUUUGUCAUGGGAAUCAGAGAUGUUAAUACAAACAACAUGAGGGCUGCAGCUCACAGCUACCCAGCACUAUACAGUGAUUGGUGUGAAACACUCAGAUGGGCCAGGUUUGAACCCAUCUGCUGGCCAGACACAGCAGCAACACUCCACUCCCUCCAGCUCUCAGAAGCCAAGCCUUUGGAGCACCUCUUCAAAACCUCGAAAGAAGAAGUUUACCCGAGUGUCAGAGCAUCCAUCCUGGCCCUAUAAUCCUCGACGCUCUCUAGCUCUGGACCAGGCUGAAAAUCCUAACACCAUACAUCCAGGCCUAAAGGAAGAAAAUGAGGAAUGUGCCACCUAUCCAGGAGUCCUCAGCCCUAGCACCUACCCCACAACUGAACCAUCUGUGUCUGAAGGCGAUGGACAAGGGGCCCAGUUGGUGUUCUUGGACAUGGCUCAGAACAUCUUUGCCUAUGACAUCCUAAGUUGGUGCCUUUCCUUAGAAGGAAGUUCCUUUUUUAUUUGCAUGUGUUCUUUCUCUGCUCCCCACCCCCCACUCAUGUGUACACGUGCAUGUCUAUUUGUGCUCUUUCACAGACUGCUCUGGACAGUCUUAUCACCUAGGCAUAUAUCACCAAAUGGGAUGGCACUGCCUAUCACAUCAUGGGGCUUUCAUUCCCAGCUCCCCUUUCUUGUGUCAGGCUCUGUAAGAGAGGGACAAGAUUGGGGUCACCUUUGUGUAUACACCUCAGGUCUCAAAUCUGGGGAUGGGGCAGCAUAUGUCUACUGGACUUCUCUGAAGCCAGACUGUCCCUUGUCUGUCACUGUAUCAGAGGUGAGAAGGGGUUGAAAUGCCUCACAAGGACAGGAGAACAGGCAGGAAUGUAAGUCCUGGCUUUGAACUCCCUCUAAGGCUGCCAAGCACCCAGUCCCUCUCCAUCAUGCUUCCCUGUUGUUCAUGUACCCCCUCUAGGCCAGGCCAUGAGCUAUUGGUGCUUGUGACACAGUAGUGACUAAAUUCUCAUUCCAGUGAUGCAAUUCCCCACUUCUCCAGGACCAUCCAGACUUUCUGGGGUGCUAGAAUACCCUGGUCCCAGAAGAGGCAGCAUAUUUCUGCUAGCUAUGUGACUUGUCACUAAACAUGCCAUUUCAUAUGGCAGUGACUGGGCUAACCCAUUGGCCUAGUGGUGUUGUAAAUCAGUAAAAGACUUAGAGGGCUGGGGACAGGGCCAGAACUCUUAUGUGCCAUCAUGAGAUCUUAUUGUCAUGGCAUUGUGACACCAUGUUAAAGAUCUGAUCUGCUGGCAGCUUCUGAUAGAGAUAUGAGUCAAUGUUGGGGUGACUCAUGCACUCCAGCUUCACCCAGGCACCAUGCCUGGUCCCUCUCCUUGCCCCCUGUCUUGGAGCCCUGGAAUCUGGCCCACAUUCAGGCAUAGUUACCUUACUCUGACACCCCCUCCUCCAGGUGAUCAUGCUGUAGAAGUCCAGGGUGGAGAGCCCAAUGCUGACAUCAAGGUUCAGAGGUCCUUUUUCCUCACCAGGGCACAGCCCUGUGUCAGUUCUUGCAGGCAGAAGCUAUUCUUGUGUACUUCCAGUGAGGCAGACAAAGAAGCCCCAGACUCUGACCCCUGGCUUCCUGUUUGGACCUCCGAGGACAGCCCCAAUGGGAGCCCGCUGGCUUUGGGGUCUUCCCAGAUCAAUACUUGGCAUGUGGCAGACUACCUGAAUGAGAUCUUAGGAGUCAGCUCUUCCCUCUUCAGCUCCCCAAGCAAAAUCCUGCCGGAUCAUGUCCUAGAAGAUGGCACCUACUUUCUGACUGAAGGUCUCUUGGAGUCUUCACCUGCUACCUGUGAAGUGGAGAGCCCACAAGAGAAGGAAGUAUCCUCUGAAGGCCCCACAGGCCCACCUAACUUCCAGUCCUCUGUCUCACUGGACCACUGCUACCUGUCGCUGAGUGAGAAUGUCAAGGUGCUGUCUAACUGUGGCUCCAGCUCAGAGUCCACAGACACAGAGUCUCUGUGGGGACAGGAGGAGGUGAGAGGGGUGGCCACCUACCCAAGGAGGACAGGGGUCUUCUCCCUUGCUCAGCCUUCUGUCCUGCAGCAGGCCAACCCUGAGGGAUUACAGACCUCAAGUGAUGAGGACAGAGACUACACAUGGACACCUACUGGCCAGUCUUCUGGCCUGCCAGUAGCCAGCAAGAAGAUCAAGAAGGUCCAGGCAAGCCAGGGCCCCGUGAAGCCCAAAGACAGCAGAAAAGCCUGCCCUGGCCAGGUGAAGAAAAAGUGUGUUAAUGGCUUCAUCAUGUUCUGCAGGAUGAACCGGAAGCAGUACAUCCGAGCCUGUCCUGGAACUGCAUCCACAGCUGCCACCAAGGAUCUGGCUCAACUGUGGCGAGGGAUGACUCUGGAGGAAAAGAAACCAUACUGCACUAAGGCACGCAGGUUCAGCCGCCAGAACAACCGCAUUGUGAAGCAGGAGAACUCCAGCAGUGAGGACGACGAUGGGGAGACCCCCAAGCCCUUCUACCAGCUAUUAGCUGAGAAGGCCCAAGUGUCUUUGGGCCUCACCUCACUGCCCACCCCUAACUGCCAGUGAGAGGGGCAGUCCUGCUGGGCUCUGCCACCUGCUUAGCAUCCAGGUCCUCUAACAUUUGUUUCCCCUGAACCUCAGACCCACUGCUGUGGGUCCCCUGCCCAGUGCCCCAGCUUCAGCACCAGAGAGGAAAUGUAUUUACUGAUCCAAGGCUUUGUGUUCUGCCUUGCACACAGCCCCGCCCUCUAGCUUGUCCUACAUCUGUUCUUAUAGGAUGGGCGCCCUAGAUGAAAUGCAGAGCUUCCCUCUGCCCCCAGAACCACAUGGUUUCAGCCCCAAUCUCACUGCAUCCUCCCCUGUUCUAUGUAGAAUGAAACUCUUUUACCAACAGGGGGAGAAGGAAUGUUAUGUCCAGGAUCUCUUGGCCAUGGGUGGGCUUUCCACGUAUCAAUUCCAUAAGCAUUUUGCUUCUAUACUUUGACACCCGCCCCCGCCCCCCCCCCCCCCAAGCCUAUAGGUCUGAACUCAAACCCUUUACCUCAGAAAUCCAGUCUUAGGAUGUAGUUACCCAUGUUUAUAAUUCCAACAUUCAGGAAGCUGAGGCAGAAAGAUGGGAUCUGAGACCAGCCUGGGCUAUAUAAAACAUGAUCCCCAUCUCACAACCCAAACAAGAAAACAAGCCACAGCCUCUGGCUGGGCUUUGUCCCCAGUUCUCUCUUGGGUGGGUUGUCUGGCAGGUAACCCUUACCCUCAAUAGCUCUGUUGUCUGUUUACUUGACUUUAAUUGAAAUGGAGGCAUAACAUAUCCUA